AUGGCUGACAUUUGGCUUCUAUCACUUCUCUUCCUGAUCACUUUUCUGUUUAUCGCUUCUUUCAAACACUCAAAAAGGCAGAACCACCGGAAAGCACCUUCUCCUCCUGGCUUUCCGAUCAUCGGAAACUUACACCAGAUCGGAGAGCUACAACAUCAAUCUCUAUGGAAUCUCUCAAAGAAGUAUGGUCCAGUGAUGCAUUUGAAGCUUGGAAAAGUCCCAGCCGUCGUUCUUUCUUCCUCUGAAACAGCAAGAAAAGCUCUAAAAGACCAUGACCUCGACUGUUGUGGCCGUCCUAGCUUAGCAGGACCAAGAGAUCUGUCUUACAACUGUCUUGACAUUAAUUUCUCUCCUUUUGGUGAUUACUGGAAAGACAUAAGGAGGCUCACCGUUCAAGAACUCUUGAGUAAUAGAAAAGUUCACUCGAUUCAACCAAUCAAGGACGAGGAGGUCAAGAAACUGAUGGAUUCAAUGGCCGAAUCAGCUUCUCAGAACAUUCCCGUUAACUUGAACGAGAAGUUUCUUAACUUAACCAUUAGUGUGAUAUGUAGGGCAGUGUUUGGUGUGAGUUUCGAGGACACUGUGCUUAGCAAUCACACACUAUAUAAGUUAAUUCGUGAGGCAUACAUGAUGUUAGGAAGCUUCUCUGCCUCUGAUUAUAUUCCUUAUGUCGGUUGGAUCAUUGACCGGUUCACUGGUUUAAAAGGGAGGAGAGACAAAAGCGUGCGAGGUCUCGAUGAGUUCUAUGAACAAAUGUUUGAUCUGCAUAAAGUGGGAAAAGAAAGAGGGAGUGAAGAUUUUGUGGAUCUGCUCUUGAGGUUGGAGAAAGAAGAGACUGUUGUUGGAAAUGACAACCUCACAAAAAACCAUAUCAAAGCAAUCUUGAUGAACGUUCUUCUAGCAGGAAUCGACACAUCUGCAAUUUCAAUGACAUGGGCGAUGACAGAACUUGCUAGAAACCCUAGCGUGAUGAAGAAAGUUCAAUCUGAAAUCAGAAACCAACUUGGGAACAACAAAUCCAUGAUCAGCAUUGAAGACACAGAUAAGCUAAGUUAUCUGAAAAUGGUGAUCAAAGAAACAUGGAGACUACAUCCUCCAGCACCUCUUCUUGUAGCAAAAGAAGUAAUAAAUGAAUUUGAGGUCAAUGGCUACACGAUCAAACCCAAGUCAUUACUUCAUGUGAACGUUUGGGCUAUCGGGCGUGAUCCUGACACCUGGAAAGAUCCUGAGAUGUUUCUACCAGAAAGGUUUAUCGAUAGUAACAUUGACCCAAAAGGACAGAACUUUGAGUUGUUGCCGUUUGGUGCUGGCAGGAGAAUGUGUCCUGCGGUUUACAUGGGAACAACAAUGGUUGAGUUUGGUCUUGCAAAUAUGUUGUAUAAUUUUGAUUGGAAGUUACCAGAAGGCAUGGUGGUCGAAGAUAUCGACGUGGAAGAAGCUCCUGGACUCACCGUGAGCAAGAAAAAUGCUCUUCUACUUGUUCCUGUCAAGUAUUUGGAUCGUUGA